AUGGAAUUGAAAGUAUCGCCAUUGACUAAGAUCAUAUCGCUAUCGGGAUUCUUAGCCCUAGGUUUCCUAUUGGUAAUUCUCAGCUGUGCUUUAUUUCACAAUUACUACCCCUUAUUAGAUGUGCUAAUAUUUCUAUUAGCACCUCUGCCUAAUUCAUUAUUUGGUAAGGGUUCAUUAGAUGGUGCAGAUUUCAUGUCAGAAAACGCAGGUGAUGCUCAGGAUUUAGGCCAUUUCCUGACCGGUCUUUUCGUUACAAGUGGUGUUGCAUUACCUACCGUCUUUUACCACUGUCGACUAAUUGGAUUAAUGAGCUGUGUUAUGUGUACCACUGGUGGUCUAGUCAUCUAUUCGAGCAUUGUGGUAUUCUCUUGGUUCUUCCGUUCAAGCUGGGAACAAGACGAUGCCCUAUUUAGCUAA